GAAAGUAGAAAGAGAGAAGGGCUGCGAGUACAGAGAAUGGUUUCAAUGGCGUCUUCUCUCUGCAACUUGCUGAUCUUCUGCCUGGUUCUACAGGCGAUGACGGCGGCGGCGGCGGCCGGAGCGGAGGAAUUACAGCAAGAGAAAGACAGAGUUAAGGAUUUGCCGGGACAGCCGGCGGUGGAGUUCCGGCACUACGCAGGGUACGUGAAACUCCGGCCACAAGACGAGAAGGCACUCUUCUACUGGUUCUUUGAAGCCCAAGGCGGUGUUCUUGAAAAGCCUCUUGUGCUUUGGCUCAAUGGAGGACCUGGAUGCUCAUCCAUAGCCUAUGGAGCUGCACAAGAACUCGGUCCGUUUCUUGUUAGGAGCAAUGGAACUCAGCUUAUUCUUAAUGAUUUUUCCUGGAACAAAGUUGCAAACAUUCUGUUCCUGGAGGCACCUGUGGGAGUAGGGUUUUCAUACACGAACAAAUCGUCGGAUUUGCUUAAGCUUGGUGAUCGAAUCACAGCUGAAGAUUCUCAUGCAUUCUUAGUCCAAUGGUUCAAGAGGUUCCCUAGCUUCAAAUCCCAUGAUUUCUACAUCACUGGAGAGAGCUAUGCUGGCCACUAUGUUCCUCAGCUUGCUGAGCUCAUUUAUGAAAGGAACAGAAAAAGCACCAAAGACUCUUACAUUAAUCUCAAAGGUUUCAUGAUUGGGAAUGCGGUAAUCAAUGGUCAAACAGACGAUAUGGGCCUCAUUGAGUUCGCAUGGAGUCAUGCAAUCAUAUCAGACCAACUCUACCAUGGCAUAAUGAAGGAAUGCGACUUCAUAAGGGACAACCCUACAAACCUCUGCAGUAACCAUAUCAAGGGCCUCUUAGAGGCUUAUUCCGAUAUCGACAUGUAUAGCAUUUACACACCUGUAUGCCUCAGUUCUUCCAAAGAAACCUACCGAAAACUUGUCACUGCACCAAGACUCUUCGCACAACAUGACCUCUGGCAUCAGCUACCAUCGGGAUACGAUCCAUGUACAGAAGAUUAUGCUGAGAAAUAUUUCAACAGGGAGGAUGUUCAGAAGGCCCUUCAUGCCAAUGUCACCAAACUCCCCUAUCCAUACACCCCAUGCAGUAAUGUUAUUAGGAAGUGGAAUGACUCGCCAGACACCAUGCUGCCCACAAUUCAGAAGCUCUUAAAGGCUGGUCUGCGCAUUUGGGUCUACAGUGGGGACACAGAUGGGAGGGUGCCAGUGACAUCAACAAGGUACAGCAUAAACAAGAUGGGGUUAAGGAUUCAGCAAGGGUGGAGGGCAUGGUUCCACAGGAAACAAGUGGCCGGUUGGGUGGUGACUUAUGAGGGUGGCCUUACACUAGCAACCGUAAGAGGUGCAGGUCACCAGGUCCCCAUCCUUGCACCUGCUCAGUCCCUUGCUCUCUUCUCUCAUUUCCUCUCGGCUGCCACCUUGCCACCUUCCAGAGCCUAGUUGCUGCUCAGGUUCAGACUGCUACUACUUUUUCUAUCAACUUACAAUUAUAUCACAUUAUUAUCAUAUUAUGAUUCAUGCCCCUAUCCCAAAAACAUUCAAUUAUUUACAUAAUGCAGAAUUAUGAGCAUUAUAAGGCUUUA